AUGCCUGGGUCUUUUAACGAUAUCAAUGUACUUGACCAGUCCAAUUUAUUUGAUGAACUUCGCGCCGGUUGCGCUCCUCCUGCUAAGUUCAUAAUCAAUGAUCAUCACCAUGACAUGGGUUACUACCUUGCAGAUGGUAUAUAUCCCAAGUGGGCAAUUAUUGUCCAAACUAUUAGAGAGCCGAGUGACCGAAAGAAAGCUCAUUUUGAAAAGAUGCAGGAGGCAUAUCGUAAAAAUGUUGAGAGAGAAUUUGGCAUUCUACAAGCCCGCUUUGCUAUUAUAAAAGGACCAGCUCGUUUCUGGGACCAGGAGGAUUUAUAUUACAUUAUGCAAAAAUGUGUCAUUCUGCAUAACAUGAUAAUCGAACAUCAACAUGACAAAGAAGAUGAUGAAGCAACUGGAUUACUUCAUGAGAGACCACUAAAUAUUUCAUGA